UCCGUUACGUCCUCUGGCAGUAGCCUCACUCCGCUUAUACAGUCAAGUCUCAAGUGGGAAUAUAAAAAUGAGCUUGGAGAUAAAAACAAUUUUUAAUCUGAGUCUUAUUUGCUUAUUUGCUCUUUGUGGACAAGUGCGAACUGAAGACCUAAAUGGGACUACAACAGUAACGCCAGAAAGUAUCGACAAAGAUGAUCUGGCGAAUGUCAUUAAUAAUGUUGGAUAUAAAAUCAUGACAAAUAUGAUGAGUGCAGAAAUCGAUAAAAAUAUUAUAAUAUCUCCAGUGGGAAUUGCAGGAUUGCUGGCAAUGACUCUUUUGGGUACUGUCGGAAAGUCAUACGAUGAGCUGGCCGAGACGCUCGGGUUUUCUCAAGACAUAAUAAUGAAUCGUCAACAUCACGAAAACUUUGGCAAUCUAUUAAAGAGUUUGAAUUCAAAUGAUACAACAACCAAAACGAUGUACGCCGACGCACUUUUCAUUGACUCUAAGUCAAAGCUUCGAGAAGCGUUUCGAACAUACUUGAAAACUGUUUACGAAGGCGAAGCAAGAACAGUUGACUUCAGUGACAGAGAUACCGUUAAAAUGGAAAUAAACGAGUGGGUGAGUAAUCACACAAAUGGAAAAAUUUCGGACUUUUUAAAAGAACCACUUCGAGGCGACACCAAGACAGUCUUAAUGAGUGCCUUAUAUUUUAGUGGAAAAUGGAAAUCACCGUUUUUUCAAGAAUACACGAUGAAAUUCCCGUUUAAGAAAAGUAAUGGAGUAGUAUUGACAGACCUUAUGAUGAACAUGGGACAUUUUGAUAGCAUUUACUCGGUGGAAGAUGAUGUUCACAUGGUAGCGAUUCCUUACAAUGACGGCACAACGUUAUAUGCACUCAAACCGCGAAAACCUCAUAAGCAGAACCUAACAGAGCUCAUGAACAAUUUAAACUACACAAAGAUUGACAAUCUUAUCAAUAAAAUGCAAAGUAGAAAGUUAAUCAUUAGGUUCCCGAAAAUGGACCUAAACUUUAGUGCCAAUUUAGAAGAUCCACUAAAAGCAUUAGGAAUUCAAUCUAUUUUUAUACCCGGGAAAGCAAACUUUGCUCUUAUGAUUGACAGUACUAAUGCCUUAAACAAGACUGAGAAUGAAUUAAUUGCAAGAAUAAAUUAUUCUAAAGAUUUAGACCUAAACUUGAAGAAUAUCAUUGAUGAUCUACCGAAUCCUGGUGUUUACGUAGAUUCUAUACUACAUGAUGUAAGAAUAACGAUAGAUGAAUAUGGAACAGAAGCAGUUGCAGCAACUCUUGGAAUAUUAGGUAGAUCAGCUGAAAUGUUUUAUGCAGAUUCACCAUUUUAUAUGUUUAUAAGAAAUGACAAAACUAAACUUGUUACAUUCAGUGCUGUUAUAUUUGAUCCCACUUGUUAAAAUUGAUAUAGCAUUGAAUUUAUUAAAUAAUAUAAUAAUAUAUACAUGUAUAAUAUUCAAAUAUGUUUAUUAUACAGAUAAUUAAUACUGUAUAAUAAUUAAAAAAUAUUUAUUUU